AGGUUGUCAUUCAUAAAGGUGAAAGAUGUAAAAAAGUAACCGAAAAACGACUUAAAAAGUGGAUUACAAAUCUACAUCUGCGGUCGGGAGGAGCAGAGUCUGCUAAUGCGAGUGUCUGUAGCGACCACUUCGUCAGCGUUUGAAAAAGGCGACGUGCUGCAGCGAGCCUGGGAGACAGUGCUGUAGCAGACGAAGAUUCAGCAUUACUUGCUGCAACCCUCCUGCCAGCUGGCAGAGAAACCACUGCUCCGGACGUCUCAGCAGCGGCCGUGGGAGACUCCUCCUUGCCGGCUGAAACACAGGAAGGAGCUCCACGCUGGCGUUUCCUGCGACGGCAGGAGGAUGACGGCUUAGCUGCUGGCACGGAAGCAGGAGGGGAACGUCGGAGCUGAGGCGAGGGACAGAGCAGCCCUCCCGAACUCUCUGGCGCUGGGCCACCUCACGCUCCAUCUAUUCCAGCAGCAGUGGAGACGGCAGAACCUUCAAAUCCUUGGGCAGAUGCCUCAUUGCCUCCUCCAUCUGCCGCUGGACCCAGCAAUCCUGGGCGAUUUUCUUCUGCUUGUCCGCGGGGUCCGAGGUUGGCGGAAACAUUCUGUUAAGGCUUGCAAAAUAGGACCACAGAAGGCAGCGUGAUGUUAAAGGAAAACAAACAAAAAUGUCCUCCAGUGAACGAUUCGACUGCCAUUACUGCAAAGACUCCCUGCUGGGGAAGAAGUACACCAUGAAAGAGGACACACAGUACUGUACAAAGUGUCAUGAGAACCUAUUUGCUAACUGCUGUGAAGCAUGCUCUUUACCUAUUGGCUGUAACUUUAAGGACCUGUCCUAUAAAGAUCAGCACUGGCAUGAGCAGUGCUUCAAGUGUGCAAAGUGCAGCCGCUCUCUGGUAGAGAAGGCCUUUGCAGCUAAGGAGGAUUUACUGCUCUGCACUGAAUGCUAUGCACAUGAUUACUCGUCCAAGUGCAACACCUGCAAGAAAACCAUCAUGCCAGGUUCCCGAAAAAUGGAGUACAAGGGGAACAGCUGGCAUGAGACCUGCUUCCUGUGCCAUCGCUGCCAGCAGCCAAUAGGAACCAAGUCCUUCAUCCCCAAAGACACCGGCUACUUCUGCGUGCCCUGCUUCGAGAAGCAGUUUGCAUACCAGUGCUGUGCCUGUAAGAAGGCCAUCACAACGGGUGGUGUGACCUAUCAAGACAACCCUUGGCACCGUGAGUGCUUCCUCUGCAUCGGCUGCAGAAAACAGCUAUCAGGGCAGCGCUUCACCUCCAGGGAGAACUACCCCUACUGUCUGGAGUGCUUCAGCAACCUGUAUGCAAAGAAGUGUGUGGGCUGCACCAAAUCCAUUUCUAGUUUGGCAGGUGCCAAAUAUAUCUCAUUUGAGGAGCGUCAGUGGCACAGUGAGUGCUUUUCCUGUAUGCAGUGCUCUGUGUCACUGGUCGGACGCGGCUUCCUCACCCAGCGGGACGACAUUUUGUGCACCGACUGCGGCAGAGAGAAAUGACCUUUGCAUGACUGGAUAUCAAGUUCACCCACGAUGCAACAACUUACGUUCUCUUUUAUAGGUCAAUAUGUCUUGUAAAAAUGCUUGGUACAUAUACCAGUAUUUGCAUGGGUCAUAAUGUUAGCAGUAACAUUAUGACCAUUGGAUGGUGAACUGGCUGACAUUUCUCAUUUUGCAUCAACUCAGUGUUCUUCUUUAAAAGUCUUCAUAUGCCACCUACACAAACCUCUCAGCCUUCAUGACUUAGUUCAGAAAAACCGUUUCCUGAAUAUGUAAAACUGUGAUGUUUUAAGAGAAAACACUUAUUGAUUUUGACAAGAGAGAAAUAGUGUUUGUUUUUCAGACUAUAGCCUCAUAAAAUGUGUGAGAAAUAACCAAAUCACUUGAUGCUAAGAAUAACAUUAUCUGCGGCCUUGCAAGACCUUCGCACAUUGAUACAUGCAAAUAUUUUCACAAAGAAGCACAAGCAAAAAAUUAUACAUGAUUUUGCUUAAUAAAUAUGAGGUCGCUCUAAUUUUCUAAUGCUUUUUCCUUUGCUCAUCUUGAUGUCUUAUUCUUGAAAUUUCAAGAACAGACUCUAAAACUUUCAUUUAGAUGCAUACACUGACAAAAGGGACAGGCAUUUUGAAUUAGCAAUGUUAAAGUGUUUGAGAUUGUAUAAUAAACACUUGUUCCUAUUCAAUUAAACUAAUAAAUAAGAUAUUUGUUUGAAUACAA